UCAGUCUUUUCCCUCUCUUCUCUUUCUCUCUCUAACUACACCACAUUCAAUUCAACUCUCUAUACAACACAUUAUAUUCUCCAACUCAAAUUAAACAAUUUAAUUUCCUACAUUUCUAAUAAUAAACUUUCUAAAAAUGACGAUGUUGUCAUCAUUAGCAGCUAACAAUGGACAUGGUCAGGACUCAUCAUACUUCCUUGGUUGGGAAGAAUAUGAGAAAAAUCCAUACCAUGAAUCCGAUAACCCGGAUGGUAUGAUCCAAAUGGGUUUAGCUGAAAACCAACUUUGUUUUGAUCUUCUUGAAUCAUGGCUUUCCAAUAACCCUGAACCUGCUUCUUUUAAACACAAUGGUCAUUCUAUGUUUAAACACCUUGCUCUCUUCCAAGAUUAUCAUGGCCUUCCUGAAUUCAAAAAAGCUUUUGUAAACUACAUGUCAAUGCUUAGGGGGAAUAAAGUAUCAUUUGACCCAAACAAGCUUGUUCUCACAGCUGGCGCAACCUCAGCAAAUGAGACACUCAUUUUUUGCCUGGCUAACCCUGGCGAAGCUCUUCUCUUACCCACACCAUACUACCCUGGGUUUGAUAGAGAUCUAAAAUGGAGAACAGGAGCAGAAAUAGUACCAAUCAAGUGUACAAGCUCAAACAAUUACAAAAUUACGAAAUCAGCCUUAGAAGAAGCUUAUAACACAGCCAAAAAGCAGGGUUUAAAAGUAAAAGGAGUAUUGGUAACUAACCCAUCAAACCCACUUGGAAUAACCUUAUCAAAAGAUGAAAUCACCCUUUUACUUACCUUCAUAUCAUCCAACAAAAUCCAUCUCAUCAGUGAUGAAAUCUACGCCGGAACCGUUUUUAACGGGUCGGGUUUUCUAAGCGUCAUGGAAGUCCUUACAGACAAGAAAUGGGCCAACAACAAAGAUUUAAUCGAACGUGUUCAUAUUGUAUCAAGUUUAUCCAAAGACUUGGGCCUUCCCGGUUUCCGGGUCGGGGCUAUUUACUCAAACGACCCACUAGUAGUCUCUGCCGCUACAAAAAUGUCUAGUUUCGGGCUCAUCUCAGCCCAAACCCAAUACCUCUUAGCUAAACUCUUAUCAGACACAAAAUUCAUGGAAUCAUACAUAACCCAAAAUCAACGUCGCCUUAAAGCCCGACACUCGAUGAUCGUGUCGGGCCUUAAACAAGCCGGAAUAAACUGUUUAGACAGUAACAGCGGUUUGUUUUGCUGGGUAGAUUUAAGGCAUUUGUUAAAAUCCCCAACAUUUGAAGAAGAAAUGGAGUUAUGGAAAGAAAUAGUGUACAAUGUUAAGCUAAAUGUUUCACCCGGAUCAUCUUGUCAUUGUGCAGAACCGGGAUGGUUCCGGGUCUGUUUUGCGAAUAUGUCGGAUGAAACCAUGGAUCUAGCUCUAUUACGGGUCAAAGAUUUUAUUGAUAUGAAAUUAAACAGAAACAGUCAUCAUGCAAGGAAGAAUUCUAGAAGAAUCAGAUCACUCAGUAAGUGGGUUUUUCGACUGUCAUUUGACGGCGAUAAGGUGCCGGAAGAACGAUAGGUUCGGUCAUUAUUUGACCCAUCCACGAUCUGGGCUGUGAAGAAUAUCAUACGAUCUCGGUAAAAAAUAAAAAAAUAAUAAUAAAAAAAAGAAAAUAUAUUUUUUUUUCUGAUGAGGAUUAUUGACUAAAUAAUUAGUUAGUGUGAAAAGUAAGCACAUGUGUCCGUGUAAUUUGUUUUUUUUUAUUUUUAAUUUUUUUUCCCGCCGCUGCUGUUUUUAGUUGCUUGAUAGGCAGGGUACUAUUUUUCUGUUUUUGGAAGGGUCGGUCUUAUUUUUUAAGGGAUUGAUUUAAUUAAGUGAUCAAUUCCUUUUUAGAAGUGAGAUUAAGAAAGGAUUAUAAAAAAAUUAUUGUAGCUGCACUCGGUCCAUGUUGGACACGAAGUGGCUUUAAUUUCAUUUAUACUAUAUAUAUUUAUAUACUUGUAUUAAUUAAUUUCAAUGUUACAAUAUUAUUUC